ACUGCAAUAGCCAGAUUCAUACAGGGAUCAGGGAUGAUGAGGACAGCGUCACUAUGGGGGAUUCUUGUUCUACUUUGUCAGCAGGUGCUUGUGAGAUCCCAUGUGGUGGGCCGGACUUACUCAGCUAAUGACCUGGCCCAGCUAAAGAAUCUACUUGAGCGCUUUGAGGAGACCAUGGUGGCUGUGGUCCAAGCAGAGGACCCUGUACCAGACUAUGAGGAGACAAACCCCAACCCUGAGCAGAGACAGACUAACCUGGGAUGGGACAGGACUCCAGAAGAGCCUAACCCCCCUCCAUUAGAGCCCAGGGAACCAGACGAAGGCCACAGUCGAACGCAAAGCCAGAAGAGUCGUUUGCAGGACCUACUCAUGGCCACGAGGAGUAAGCUGUCCGGGUGCUUUGGGGGAAGGCUGGACCGCAUCGGGACCUCCAGUGGUCUGGGCUGCAAUGUUAGAACAGGAUAGAAUGACCAGGAAAGGUUCUCAGGAUACAACGUCAUCUUGAGGAAAAUAAAACCUUUGGGUAAAACUACUGUUCCACUGCUCAGUUCGAUUCAGAAUCAACCUUGCAUUUUUUAGGGGUUGAGGUUUGGAGAGCAAUCCUACAACCAAUAGAAGUUCAACAAGCUGGCUCAAGUGACUCAUUUAGUUGUUUUGAAUAUCUGUGUGAACGUCAGCAUAGUACAUUUGUAUUAGCAGUCAGCAUGAAAGCCUUGGCAGGGCUGGGACAAUUCUAUAUUAAUGCAGUGUUCCAUUGGAUCUUCCCGACCAUACGGGAGGAUCUCACCAAAUGACUAUGGCAGUGCAGAGGGUCCUUGUUACGAUCUGUAACACCUCUUCGGGGUGUGUCUCAGUGAGCUAAUAAACUGUUAACACACUGUCACUUCAGGAAGUCCUCAAAUGAUUCAUGUUGCCUAUUAGGUAGAUAGUGGCCUCCUCCCUUUAUGGAAGUUACUUGAGACAAUCCGCUAACACUUACACUAUUUUGGUGAGCUAUCCUUACUUUACUUAGAUUGGGUAAAGAAGGCGGAAGUAUCUAUCUAUUCUCACUUCUAGUUAGUGUCACGUACCUUAAGCACAAGUGCUAGGUUUCAUCUUCUAAAUAACGAAGUAGAAUGUGUAUUUGUGAUGUAAUUUAUGGUUUGUGAUAGCUACACAGCUACUAAAUGGAUGUAUUAGUCCAUUUGAGUUUGGAGAUGGAAUUAUCUUCAGACUUAAGUUUGAACAGAGCUACAAAAUAACCCUGUCAUUGUGUGUUCUAACAACGGAUUAGAGAAGAGAACAAGAUUUGUCAACGUAGAUAAUAAAGUGUUUUCAUUCCGUC